AUGUCGGAAGAUCUUUUUACAAAAGCUCUCGAAAACCCUGCUUUCAAUGCAGAAACUUUACAACUGGAAUUACCGGAGGAUGAUGUAGAUGUUAGUGAUAUUAGUUCAUCCUCAGAGGACGAAGCUCCACCUCCAGAAGAGGAAAAAUCAAGUGAACCUGCUGAAGUAAAUGGGACAAAGAAAACGGAAGAGGAAAAGGAAGAGGGGCAAGAGAUAUUAGAGGGAGAUAAGGCUGACUCUUCAUCAGAUUCAGAAAAUGAUAUUAAUGAUAGCAAUAGUAGCUCUGAUGAUGACGACCAAGAUGAAGAUGAGGAUGAGGAUACAGAACAACUUAAAGACAAUGUUGAAAUUGAAGAUGAAGAUGACGAUCCCAGUCCUUCAGGUCCAAUAAGAUCGAAAAAUGAAUUGCCAGAUGAACCUAUCCCUGAAAUACCAAGCGAUUAUCAUAUUACAGAAAAUACUUCUAUCACUCAUAUUGGUGUUAUUCAUUCCGUCUUUGAUAAUAAUAUUAUUAUCCAUGCAAAUUUGUCAGGUGAAAAAAGGGUGUUAAAAGAUGGCUCCAUAUUCUGUUUAGAGGAUCGUACUUUAGUUGGUACAUUAUGUGAAGUAUUUGGUCAAUUACAAAAUCCUUUUUAUAGAGUGACUUUACCCACAUCAGAAAACGAGAAAAUUGCAAGUUUGAAGGGGAAAGUAGGUGGAAAGGCGUUUAUUGUCACACCAGAUGCACACUGGGUUGAUACUUUUGAACUUAGAAGGAAUAAAGGUACUGAUGCUUCUAAUGGGUUUGAUGAAGAACUUCCAGAAGAAGAACAAGAAUUCUCUGAUGAUGAAAAGGAAGCUCUUUACAAGAAGAAGAAAAAAGACGAAAAAAAGAGGAAGAAUCAAGAUAAGAAUAUGGAAAAUGAGGAUGGUUGUGAACGGCCCAAACCUAACAAGAAAAGGACAAAUCAAAGAAGUAAUUAUGUAUCUGAUAAACAGAAAACCAAUUAUAAUCAACCAACAUCUUUGUCUGGAAUGUCCCAUGUAAGGUACAAGUCACGUACUGCUCGUACUAAUUUCAAUGAUAAUCAUACAAGAGAUUAUGGUAGACCAGCAGUAGUACAAAAUAAUAACCAGUUUCAGGGAUAUCCAAAUCAAGUUAUUAAUCAGCAACAGCAAACGUUUAUACCCCCACCAGGAUUUCAAUAUAAUCCUCAUGUUCCUCCAAAUCCAUAUAACCCAAUGGCUGGCCAUCCUCCGAUAAGUAUGCCACACCCAUUAAUGCAACAUCAACCGCAAUCACAACAUCCAUAUCCUAUCAAUCCAACAUAUUAUCCACCUCGACCACCACUUCCCGGUCAAAAUGUGCAAUUUAUGCCGCCUCCUCAAUUCAAUCCAGCAUAUCUACCCCAACAACAACAACAACAACAACAACAUCCAGUAAAUAUGCAAAAUGGAAAUAUGAAUCCAGUAAAUCAACUACAUCAGUUACUUCUCCAACAACAACAACAACAACAACAACAGAAUCAGCAUCAGCAUCAGCAUCAGCAUCAGCAACAAGGGAAUUCGAACGAACAACAAGAUAACAGAAACAUGUACCAUUAA